UUUGAUGUAUAGCUGCAUCUAUAUUUUAACUACAUGUUUAUAUAAACUAAAACGAUAAAAACGCAAAGUUUAUAUUCCUAAUAUUAAUAUGCUACGAUACUUAUAUACUGGUAAUAGACCUUUUAAAUGCGAUGUCUGUGGGAAGACAUUCAGUCAGGCAGGAGGAUUGCAUAUACACAUGAGGACUCACACUGGUGAUAGGCCUUAUAAAUGUGAAGUCUGUGGAAAGGCAUUUGUUGAGAAAGGAACCUUACAGAAACACAUUAGGACACAUACUGGUGAUAAACCUUAUAAAUGUGAUGUUUGUGGGAAUUCUUUCAAACAGACAGGGGCAUUACAUACACACAUGAGGACACACACUAAACGUUAUGAUAACAAAUGCAGUAUUUGUGAAAAGGCAUUUAGUCAGACAGGAUCAUUACGGAGACACAUGAGAACACAUACUGGUGAUAAACCUUAUAAAUGUGAUGUCUGUGGGAAGACAUUCAGUCAGGCAGGAACUUUACAGAUACAUACGAGGACGCAUAAUGGUGAGAAACCUUAUGAAUGCGAUUUCUGUGGGAAGGCAUUUAGUCAGACAGGAACAUUACAGACACACAUAAGGACACAUACUGGUGAUAAACCUUACAAAUGUGAUGUCUGUUGGAAGGCAUUCAAUCAUGCAGGAGACUUGCAGAAACACACAAGAACACAUACAAGUGAUAAACCUUAUAAAUGUGAUGUUUGCGGUAAUGCAUACAGUAGGACAGGGUAUUUACAGAUACACAAAAGGACCCAUACUGGCGAGAAACCUUAUAAGUGUGAUGUCUGUGGGAAGGCAUUUUAUGAGAAAGGAACCUUACAGAAACACUUGAGGAUACAUACUGGUGACAAACCUUAUAAAUGUGAUGUCUGUGGGAAGGCGUUCAUUCAGACGGGACACGUAAAGUCACACAUGAGGACACAUACUGACGAUAAAGCUUAUAAAUUUGAUUUUCUCCAAUAAAAUGGGUUAUGAGAGAUA